AUGAUUGACUUCGAGGCGAUAAAUGUGUUUAAGAGUGUAGUAUCCCUCAAAAUCAAUCCUACUCCUGUAAUCCUAGCUAAAAACACUCUCAUCUUUGAAUUUUUACUAAAGGAAAGGGGAUGGACAUUUAAGGUGCUUGUGUCCCACUACUAUUUGUUUGGACGAGUUAGCCACAUAGUGACCGGAAAGGCCUCGGGAAUCUUUAGCACACCAUGGCACUUACAUUCCAAACUAGAGAACUUUGCUAGACAUUCCCUCAAUGAGUUAGGAAAAACGAGUAUGGACAUGAAUGUUCUUCGACUUAGAGAAGUUAAAAUUUCACUAGAGGGCACAAUAUGCUUUUUUUUCGGUUUUACUUGGCUUCAUUGUGGCGAGUAUCCUUGGGUAUCGCUAAUUGGAGCAUGGUGUUGUAUCACCUAUUGCCCGAAUAUGUUCUCGAGACAAUUAGGUUUUGAGCGAUUUAUAUCGAGAACUAUGGAUUUGGCUCAAUGCUAUAAAGAUUUGAAAGUCUCUAAGAAACUUUUGAAAAAAACAAAGGCUGCAUGGAGAAAUAAAGGGAUAGUCACUCUUGAAAGAAGAGUAGAUGAAAGAACCACGUCGGGGUAUCCUAAAUGGCAAAGCACUAGGGGGAAAGGAUAUCGCAUGCCACCAUUCGAGGGUCCCUCUCAAAUGAGGAGUGAAACAAUGGAGGGCGUUCGCCAAGAGAUGAAUGCCCAACAUGAAAUAUUUAAUGAAGUCCCGAAUGCUCGAGUGAUCGAACCGACCCAAAAGAAAAGAAAGUUAGAAGAAACUCUUGGCCCGAAAGACCAUGCAAUGAGUGCUUUAAACAAACAAAACAAGGACCUUCAUGAUCGACUUCAACGAUCAAAGGGGUUAGUAAGACAUAUAAAGAAAGAUCAUCAAUCGCUCAACGAAAAAUAUGAGAAUGCAACCAAACUCACAGUUUCUUUGAUUGAGGAGUUGACUAAUCUUCAUGAUGAGAAAGUGGGUGCUGAGAUGGAAAGAGAUGUCCCGAGGAGGGAAGUAGGCGAGCGGGGAAGUAGGACUAUGAAUACCACCUGCAAGCCUAGAAUGCCAAGAAUUAUGCCUUACACAUGCGACAUACCAUAG